AUGCUUUGCAAGUCUCUCCUCAUUGCUGCCUUGGGCCUCCUCGCCCAAGCAGGUCCCAUUUCCAAACGUGAUGGGGCAACGGUCUUGACGGACCUGAAGACCGUUGGAACCGACGUGACAACCCUCAAGACCGACGUGACCAACUGGACCGGAGACCUCUUGGCUGCUCUGGGCAUUCUGUCCGACUACAACGCUGUCAAGAGCGCCCUGGACACGGCCAUCACCGACACUGCGGCUGCCUCGGCCUUUAGCACCUCCGAGAGCUCGAGCAUCACGUCUGAGGUUUCCACUUUGGCCGUGCUCAUUGUCGCGACCCUGAACGAGAUCAUCGCCAAGGAGUCGACCGCCGCGUCCGCCGGCGUCACCUCCACCCUGCUCUCGUCCAUCGAGACCCUCAAGACCGGGACCGACCAGCUUGGUGCAGAUCUGGAGGCCAAAGCCACCUCGACCGACAAGACGACGAUUGCUUCGGCCAUUGCCUCGGUCGAUGCUGCCUUCUCCAGUGCGAUCGCUGCCUAUGAUCGAUGGAACAAUGCCCUUGAAGAUGGGUCAUACUUCAUCGACGCAGACCCCGAUCUAUUCGAACACCUCCUUCGAUAUCUUCGCCGCGGCAUCUUUCCCAUCUUCUACGACCGACAAAAGGGUCAUGACUACCCAAAAUAUUUCGCCUUGUUGGAGGAAGCCAAGUAUUUUGGGAUCGGUGAACUAGUCACUUGGCUGGAAAAUGGGACAUACCUACGCGCCGUGGACAUAGGAUACCAGCCGAUCUCGACGGAGAUAUCGCAGUUGACCGAGCAGCUAGCCGAGAUCAAGCGUUACUAUGAGAUAGCCAACGAAGAACGCCGUACCGACGCGUCCGCAGAAGACGAUUUCAGAUUCGCUAUUUUCAAGGAAGAGGUCACCGCCAAGGUGGCUCAACUGAACGACCUCAAGCUCGCACGGAGCAUCGCCCUGGCCGUGGAUCAGGAUGGCCUGUUGAUUACAAGCUUGCAAACGGAGGAGAGCCAGGCCAGAAAUGAUCGGCACUUAGCCCAGAGAGCCAGCCGGGGUCAAGCAUUGCCCAUAGCACAACAUACCCCGGUCGCCCCAGAGGGUGAGUCGGGCAUGGCCAUCAGGACGCUGGGAUACACACACGGCGAAGAAGCCGACCACCAGAGUGAUGCUGCAGACUCCUUCUCCACUUAUACCGAGAGGCAAGAGGAGGCGCUGCAGAGCUUCAAUUCAGAGGCCAAAUGCUCCGUGUGCUACGACGCGUUCCCUCAAGCCGAAGUCACAUGCUUAGACUGUGGCCACACCUACUGCAACGGGUGCAUACGAGAUCUGUUCCUACGAGCCACAAAAGACCAAUCGCUCUUCCCUCCGCGCUGCUGUCGCCAGCCGAUCGACCUCUCGCGCGUUGAAACCCUCCUCCUCAACGACGAACUGCAGGAGUUUCGCAGUGCCGAGAUAGAGUUCAGUACCACCGACAGAACGUAUUGCAGCAAUCCCGAGUGCGGCAAGUCCAUCUCCCCGGCCCAUAUCACCUCCGACCAGGCGCACUGCGCGGCCUGCGACAACCUGAGUUGCACCAUGUGCAAGAAUGUGUACCAUGCGGACGAUUGCCCAGAGGAUGCGGCGCUGCAGGCCACGCUGGAACUGGCGUGGAGUGAGGGCUGGCAGAGGUGCUUCUCCUGCAAGGCGAUCGUGCAGCUUGGUGUCGGCUGUUAUCAUAUGACAUGCAAAUGCCGCGCCGAGUUCUGUUACGUAUGCGGCGCAAAAUGGAAGACCUGUGCCUGCGAUCGAUGGGAUGAGGAGAGACUCGUUGCGCGAGCGGAGGAGGUGGUCGAUCGUGAAGCCGUGGCGCCAUUGCCCCGUCCGGAGCGCCAUCUGCGCGUGGUGCAGAUGCAAGAACACUUGAGACGGAACCACGAGUGCGAGCACUCGCGGCGCUUUGAACGCAUCGAGGGCGGCGGCAGGCGGGGAUUCGAGUGUGAGGUGUGCCAGACACGCCACAAGAAGUACAUUCUGCAGUGUCGUCGGUGCCAUCUCCGGGUCUGCGAACAUUGCCGCCGUAAUCGGAUUUGA